AUGCCGGAAGCUAUAACGUACUACGACACGUGCAGGAUGCUGCAGCAACUUCCGUCCUUCAGUUUUACUUUGUAUUUCCAUACAGCAAACUUCAUGAAGGCCUCAAGCUCUGCCGUCAAUGACGUCGCUGUUACUUCAUCCUCGUCCAGCAACAUACCCUCCAGCCAAACUAUUGCUUCCACGGCCUCCCAAGCCUCAGCAGCCUCCUCAUCUGGCAGUCCCACCCAUGUCCAUUCGGACCUGCAAACAUUGAUGAAGCACGAUGAUGCCACCCAGAAGACUCCUCCUGUCGGCAUCCCUUGCUCUGAAGUAUCGACCUUCAUCAACGACCUUGACGCCAAACACGGUGUCGACGACAGGGUUUACGAUCCCAAGACAUGUCUACACCGGGGAGAAGAGCUAGGAAUCCGUAUCGGAACAGGUCAAUGGUUGGUCGCCCAUAUGACACAACAGGGCCAUAUAUUCCCUAUGAGACGGUGGGAAUACUAUAUGAUUGUUCGUGGGGAACAUCCCAUGGGUUCACAGCUGCCGCUUCCUACAGUCGCCCUGGUCGGCGAUGUCCACUGCAUCGUUGCCUACGACCACACAAUGCAGUUCCAGUUCUUCUUCCGCAGCGAACCGUGGUGGGACAUUCGUUGGAACGCCUGUCCCAUCAAUUCGAGCAAGGCAUCCAAUCAGUUAUGGAACGGCAUCGGUGAAUCCCACGCCGAUGAAAUCCUGUGGGGGGCCAGCAUCUUCCCGGGCACACCUACCAACACCGUCUUUUUGGACGCAGCUAUGCGGGAGCGUCUACUAGAUUCCAUCAGACGGUUCUUUGCCCAUGUUCGCAGCCGCGAAUACACCGCCAAAGUUUCUGCCAAAUCCACCUCUCCCUGGGCCUUGGACAUCCACCAGCGUAUCACAGAGUUCCAUAACAGCUUCACGCAGGUGCACAGGAAGACUUUCGUUGUGGAGAAGGACGUACCGCCGGCUGCCAGUGUGGAUGCAGUCCCUGCACAGCCUUACCCUCUCACCUGGUUCCCCAAGGAGCCCUACCAACUCGUCAAGGUGUUCUGCUACGGCAAGAAGAAGCCGAAUGGUGGCGGUGGUGGCAUUGCCGUCGCGCGGCUCUCCACCGUCAUGAAGCCCAGCGAUACGGUUCUGGAGGAAUUGCAGCCGGAAGAGCUGUCUAUCGAGGAGCUGGACCGUGACGCGGACAGCGCCGGAAUUCCCGGGCUGGGCAUUGGCAGCUUCCACUACUUCCUGCAAUGGAAGGAGUGCAAGGGGGAGAACGAGCAGGCGAUACCCGAGCAGUUGCACGGCCAUGUGGGCGGAAAGAUGAAGUUGGUGCGUACGGGAGCGGUGGGAAGACCCCGCCGAAAGAUGAAGACGGCCCUCAAUGAGGCAGUUCCCGAGAAGGAAGAUGCCCACAGGGAUAAGAAACAUCGUUAA